AUCAUUAGUAUCGUGUGAGUUUAGCAAUGGCUUCAAUUAGAAGGUGGAUAGGAAUUAAAAUCUCUUCAAGAAGAAUUAAUUAUUUUUCUUCAGAAGUCAAACUUGCAGCAUCAUAUUUUGGAAAUAAUAUACAAAAGAGAAAGUUUAGUGAAGAUAAAGAACAGUACUUAAAGCAGGAGGGAAAAGAAAUAUGCAAAAAUAAUCAGAACAGUAAAAAGACUGAAGAAAAUGCCCAAAAGAAGUUGUCAUCAUUGUUGGCCAGUAUGAAGGUUGAUACAUUAUCAUUAAAAAUGAAAAGCAACAUAGAUUUAAAUCUAUCCAAGCCAAAACCAAAACGAAAGAAAGGUGCAAUGAAAAGCCAUAUUGAGCAGGAAAAACUUUCAUAUGAGGAACUUGAUGAGCAGCUUGUAACUGCAGUUAAAGAUGUGGCAAACAUCCUCGGGGGAAAUUCUGAUGAGACAGAAUCAGAACUUGUUCAAAAGCUUCGAGUUCAUGUUCAGCAGACACAGAAAGCAUGUGAAGCCAAUGGAUCACAAGAUGGGGGCAGUUUAAGCAAAAUAUUUUUGGGAAUGAAGAUUGAUAGAAGUAAGCCAAAGUUGGAUCCGGGACAUUCUCUACACUCUUAUCCAGAUAGUAAAAUGGCUGUUGAGAUAUCUAGCCUAAGAACUUCAGAGAAAUCUGUUUCUUAUGAUAGCCUAUCAGUUUCAUCUGAAUUUCAAAGAAAUAUGAAACCCAAAAGCAUAACUGGCAGGGUUGACCUUUUUGCUUCAGAGCCUCUGAAUAUCUUUCUAACACCAGACAAGAAAAUCACUGAUGUGUCAAAUACUAAAAUACUGGAAAUUCUACAAAAGCAAGAACUUAAGAUGCUAGUUACACAGCCACCCAGAAAUGGAUUUGAAGAAAUGAUUCAGCUGACAGAGCAGGGCAAGUUAUGGACUUUCCCCAUAAAUAAUGAAGCUGGCCAUUUCAUAGGUUUGGAAGAAGAAGCAAACAUAGAAUUCCAUCAACACAUUUUCCUCGAACAUCUAUUGGAAGUAUUUCCUAAACAAGGACCAAUACGACAUUUCAUGGAGUUGGUCACUACAGGCCUUUCACAAAAUCCUUACUUGACUGUAGAAAGGAAAAAGGACCACAUAGAAUGGUUUAGAAGAUACUUUAAAGAAAAAGAACAAAUUCUUGAAGAUUCUGGAGCUCUUUCUGAGUAAUGUCAUGUUCAUGUAGCAAUAUCAAAUCAGUUCCAUCUAAUGCUAGUGAAAGUUUAAGCUAUAAAAUAGGUAACUGUAUGAAUUAGUGGAAACAAGGGCUGAUAACCUCAAAAUCACAGUGUUUGUAAUUAGACAAUUGAUGUUCUUCUGGUUGUUUUUAAUUGCUUAAUAUUUUAUUAAAUAUUUCAUCUUAAACAUUGUAUUACACAGUUAAAAAUAUCAACAAACUAUGUAGUGUUCAAUAUUGAUUUCAAGCAAGAGAAUAAUAAUUUUUUAUAUUAGUAUUUUAAUUACAAUUUUAAAAAAUUGGCUAAUGCCAUGAUAUCUUUUGAUAAUAGUGUGCUAUCAUGGUAGAAUUACAAUUAAAACAUUUUUGGGCUUUCAAAAAUGCUAUAAUUUAAACAAUAAAAUGUUUCUUCUGUUUGAAACUGAAGAUGAGUAUUUUGAAAGCAAGUUAAAAAAAUAUUUAAAGUAAAUUUUUCUCAGUGUUUUGUUUAUGAAUCAGCACAUUUAAACCUUUUAAAAGUUUAUCAUGGAAGCCAGAUAUAACAUUCAACAAAAUCUCAUUUUUGUUAAAGACAAGAGAAAGAAACUAGAAACCUGAAUGUCAAGAGUCAGAGGAAUUUUCAACACCUGGUGAUACUAAAGUGUGAAAUUUAAAUACCUUUGUCAGACUUUAGAGUAGGUGAAGAACAAUCCUAAAGUAUUUUAGCUUUCUAACAUGUAAAGUAACAAAUUGAAAGAAUAAAAAAAUUUCAACUA